CGCUGGCCGUCUGGGGCCGCCCGCCGCGCAAAGACCAUGUUGCCCCGCCAUCUGCCUCCUCCGCGCCAACGUCACUGGCCAGCUCCUGCGACACUUGCUCAGCGACUCCAAAUACCGAGUCGCGCUGCCAGGAGGAUCAUCGUCGACCGCCAUGAUCGCGGAUGUCGAGAGCGGCUCUCGAGUCGCGAGAGGGGUUCGCCCCUACUAAAGUCUUCUUUUCCAUCGUCAGGGGCCAUUUGCACGCUGCUGUCGACGAUCCCCUCUAUCUGCAGCCCAGCCAAUACCCCUUUCGAGCGCCUCACAGUUGUCUCGCGUCGCGCGUCUCGCCACCAUGUCUAAUAGCAAGCCUCAGUAUCACGUUGCCAUCAUCGGCGCCGGCCUAGGCGGGCUCGCUGCGGCCAUUGGCAUCGCGAGGGCCCGUCACAAGGUUACUGUCAUCGAGCAAGCACCCGUGCUCGGCGAGGUCGGCGCUGGCAUCCAGAUCCCCCCCAACUCGUCGCGCAUCCUCAGGAGAUGGGGCCUCCUCGAAAAGGUCGAGGCCGCUUCCGUGUCCCCCGCCGACUUUGUGCUCCGCUCGUACAAAGGCCGCGUCCUGUCCAAGCAGAACAUGCUACCUUUUGCCAAGGAAAAGUACGGUAAUCCCUACCUGCACAUCCACCGCGCCGACUAUCACCGGAUUCUGGUCGAGGCCGCCAUCGAGGCCGGCGUGCACAUGCAGCUGGGCUCCGUCGUCGAGGCUAUCGACUUCGAAACGCCGCAGGUCAAGAUCAAGGGUAAGCCGGAUUUCAGGGCGGACAUUGUACUCGGAGCCGAUGGCCUCAAGUCGGUUUGCCGCGAGCAACUGCUGGGACACCCCGAUCCUCCAAGGCUCACGGGCGAUUUGGCUUACAGGAUCGUCGUCAAGGCCGAGGACAUGCGUAAGCACGAAAUCCUGCGCGAGCUGGUCGAGACGCCGCAGAUCAAUUACUGGAUGGGACCUCACGCGCACGCCGUCUGCUACUUGCUGAAGGGUGGCGGGCUGUACAACAUUGUCUUGGCAUGUCCAGACAACUUGCCGGAGAUGGUCAACACGCAAAAGGCGGAUCUUCAGGAGAUGCAAGCCUUCUUCAAGGAGUGGGACCCACGGCUCAAGAUCCUGCUGGGGAUGGUGCAAGAGACAAGCAAGUGGAGGCUGCAGAACAGCGAGGAGAUGGCCAAGUGGAGCCAUCCGGGCGGCAAGUUUGCGCUGCUGGGCGACGCCUGCCACGCCACACUGCCCUAUCUCGCGCAAGGCGCAGCGAUGGCGGUCGAGGACGGGGCGGUGCUGGGCGCGUUGAUGGGGAAGAUCGAAGACAAGAGCCAGCUCCGGGACGUGCUGGUCAUGUACGAGACACUGCGAAAGGCGCGCACCACUCGGGUGGUCAAGGGCAGCACGGCGCUGCGCGAGGUCUUCCACCUACCCGACAGCGAGCGCCAAGGCGAGCGCGACAGGCAGCUGCUGCAUGAGGCGCCCUUCGAGGGCUUCCCGAACCGCUGGGCGGACCCGGUGUUCCAGCCAUGGCUGUUUGGAUACGACGCGCAGGCCGAGGUGGAGGGGGCGUGGCAGACGUACAAGGCGGGCCGGUUCCCGCUGACAUUUGGAAAGCAUGGCGCGGGACGAAGGAGCCGGCUGUAAGAGUAGGGGUAGAGUGUCCGAAAGCGGAUUCUUUGUAUAUAGUUUGUAUAGUGACGAUUUAGGUAUAUGACGAUGAUUAUCCUCG